GGUCGGUUGCGACUGUCACUUAGAUUUCAUUCUAUUAUAUUAGUCUUUGAUGAGUACUACUCUUCUCAUCAUUAUAACUGCCAUCGUCUACAAUUGCAACGACCUUACAACGUGUACCAAGCCAACUAACUUGAAUUCGUUUCUCACGUAAUAACGGGAACCUUCACUGCGGCCGUGCGCGUGUUCACAUCAACCACUCUGGGAUUUUAUCACGAAAUAUGGGUCGCGACAGACUGGCUGCUCUCAGAGCGCAACGGCAGAAUGCUACACCAGAUCCGGGACAGGGGGACUAUGAGAUGCAAGCACACCCCUCACCUUCUGCAAACGGCACUGGGAAUGGUACAGGAACAGACCCUUUGUCCGCCUUUUAUGCCGAGGCCACCGCCAUUCAAGACUCUAUCCAAGACUUUGAUGACAAUGUCACUCGCGUCGCUGAAUUCCACUCACGUUCCCUAAACGCCCUGGAUGAUGCAGCAACACAAGCAAACGCAACUCAGCUCGAACGCCUUACAGACGAGACCAGGCAGCUUAGCAACAGUCUCGCUAGCCGUAUCCGUGCCCUUGAGAAACCCGCUGGUGCAGGCCCGGAUGUUCAAAUUCGCAAGAACAGAAUUGAUGUCGUUCGGACAAAAUUUAUGGCCACUUUGCAGCGGUACCAGGAUGUUGAACGCCAGUAUCGCCAGCAGUACCGUCAGCGUGUGGAGCGACAGUUCAAAAUAGUGAAACCCGGUGCUACGCCUGACGAAGUUGCUGCCGUGGUGAAUGAUGACCAAGGCGGGGGAAGUCAAAUCUUUGCGCAAGCACUCACUUCGUCAAACCGAUACGGGGACUCACGGGCUGCAUAUCGAGAAGUCCAGGAACGACACCAAGACAUUCGCCGGAUUGAGCAGACCCUCGGAGAGCUGGCUCAAUUAUUUAAUGAUAUGGCCACCCUUCUAGGCGAGCAAGAAGAGAAAAUUGACGCCAUCGAGACGGCAGCUGCAGGUGUCGCACAUGACACCGAGGGAGGGCAAAAGCACACCGAGGUUGCAGUUAAACACGCCCGCUCUGCCCGACGAAAACGCUGGAUCUGCUUCUGGCUCACCAUCAUCAUCAUACUGGCAGCUGUUGGCAUCGGUGUGGGUGUGUACUUCAGCCAGCAUCCAGUAAAGUCAAGUUCGUCUGGUUGAAGGAGCAGGGUUAUGGUAAUUAGUGAAGACGGACAUGACUGAGUCGUAUACCCCUCACUUUCUUUUGUAAUGGUCCAUCUGCCUCCAUGACUUGCUCUAGUGAUAUUAGUUAAUUAAGUUGUUUAAUAUGAAUAUGACUUAUACUUUGGUUUUU